GUCCACUAUCCAACUUCAUCUCAAGCUCGCGCACCAAGCAUCUUUCCUUGAACUUGCUUGUUCACAGCUUGCACGAUCGCUUAUGCGGGAGAGCGUUUGCUGCAUUUUCUCGAGAGAAUAAAAAGUACGGAAGACUCAGAGCAAUCUGGUGCAGCCGGACGCGAUCUUGGGUCUCCCCACAAUGGCUUCGUCGACACAGCCCACAGGGCGCAAGAGGCUCAUUCAUCACCUCGACACGCCCUUCUCCUCCGUUUCGUGGUAAAGCUGGCACCCCACAAGCGAUGUGUAACAAUAGCGCUCACAAAAUCAAGGCCCGAGAUAUUGUUUGAUGACCAGGACGCCAUACUGGAGAUGCUGUGCAACCUUCUCAACCCCAUCGGGCAACACAGAAGGCAUCAUACAAGACCGUCGAAGGGGAAGAGAAGCAGCAAAAGACGUACUGCCUCGAUGCAGGAUGCCACACCCGAGGACGAGACCCACGGGCCGCCAGCGCCACAGAAGCCCGAACUCAGCGCUUACGUCCAUGUCGGCUUCAAUUCGAUUACAAGAAGACUUGAAGAAACGUCAGAGGGGCACAGAGAAACUGGAUCGCAGGGUACAGAUGAUGCCAAAGGCCCAUAUUCCAUGGUUUUUGUUGCACGCGGCAAUCAGUCAUCGGCCUUCAACUGCCACUUCCCCAGAAUGGUCGGCGCGGCAACGCGAGCCUUGCCGUAUGCUGAGCGAACCCGAUUAGUGGGGUUCUCAAAACCGUGCUCGGAAAGGCUCAGUUCCGUCUUGGGCGUCGCGCGGGUAUCGUCCGUUGCCGUGAUGCGCGAUGCUCCAGGCGCUGAAGCGCUGUUGGCGUUUGUUCGAAAGACCGUUUCACCCGUGGACACUUCUUGGCUGGAGGGGAGCAAGGCUAGUGCUUAUCGGCCGACACAAAUUGGCUCGACAGAGACGACUGUUGGAGUAAAGAAGGCAAAGACAACGGCAUGAGCGUGGGGAAAGAAGUGUACACCGGGCGGCUUACGGGAUAUGAGCUAGUGGCUGGCGAAGCGGAAGAUUGAUGCCCGUGUCGCAUCACAGAGGUGCUGUAUUUACAUGGCCACCGGCUCGGUUUCAUGGCUAAAGGUCGCAACAAACGUGCUAUAAACGUUCUUACUCCAUGUUUGCUCUGGAGAAUAGGC